UUUGCGAUCAAUUCGCCUAUGUGGGCUACUUUAAGAAACAUUCAGUGUGCAGAUCCCUCAGUGUUGGGUUACUUUGAGUAAAUCCCAGAGGGACGCGUUUGGAGGCGUGAGGAACCCUGGCACUGAGCCACUGAUGUGAAUGCGUUAUACUGGGCUCAAGAUACACCAAACUCAGCUCAUCUGAACGCACUGAGCAUCAUCUCUGACAGGGUUGAACAUGGAGGGAUAAAGCAUAAAGGCUGCAUUGUCGAGGUAGUGCCUGAACCUUCUGCGUUUCCUGAUGCGCUAUUUUUAGGAAGUUUUUUUUCGCCUUGUCCGUGCGCCUUUAAUGAUUUGAGAUCUUUCAGACGAACCACUGCCUGAGUAGAGUAGUGCAGCCUGUACCUGGUUUCCACACACAAUAAAUAUCCUGUUUCCUUCUGAAUCAUAGCGCAGUGUGUCAGCUGUUCAUGGUUUAACUUGGAGAGUUUUUCACUCAUCUCACUGGAUCUUUCCCAUGGCUGAUAAACAUCAUCUCACACCUUCUGAAUAGAUUCUGAAUACACAUUACUAAUUAAUUAUACACACAGGAUAUUGUCCAGAUAUAUUUCUUUUCUUCUUCAGGAAAUCAGAUCUGAUUGCAUUUGAUGAAUAGACCUACUUAAAGUUGUUCCAUCUAGAGCAUUGCUUUUUCCUGGACUGGGGGAUGGGACUGGUGUAGCCUCUUCUUAAGGACACUUAUAUUUAUUAUUUAUAGAGAGAUAAACCACGGAUAUACACACCGUUAUACACUGUCACCUCUCCUUUCCGUAUCCAUCAUACUGAUUUGAUUGUGAAUAUAAAUAGUUCGGUUCACAGCAUCAAGUGUCUUCUUUUUUUUUCUGUAAUAAACCCUUUUGAUGCCCAAAGCUGAUACAACUGAAGCUACUGUCACGCUGGUCUAAUUUCAGGGUGGGGCUUUGGCUCUUUACUUUUUUUUUUUGUUUGUUUGUUCAGUUUUUUUUUCUCUCCAGCUCUCCUUAAGCACUGAUGCUUGUCAGUUCACAUUUUCUCUUAUCAAGGCACCCAAAACAAGAUCAGCCUGAGAAACUGAGACUAGUGAGGAAUUAGAGGAGCGUCUGAGUGAGAGCUAAAGGGAUAUACACGACUAUUCGCAUUUGCAUUGGAAAGCUUGGAGAAGAGGAAAACACACACAGGGGAGGAUGUUCACACUCCCCCUCCAAAAGAAUGCAUGUAGGUUAUAAGAAACUCAACACAGCCGGGAUCUUUUAUCUGCGGAUAGGCCAGGACACACACACACACACACACACACGUUCAGACACACAUUUUUCAACUUUAAGGUUGACAUUAUGAAACCACAAGCGGAUUCAUUUUCAGACAAAGAGCUAUUGGUUUCUCUUUCUCUUUCUUUUCUAUUCAUUUGAAUAUUUGGGUACAAGUUUAACAUCAGUGACCCAUGUGUUUUUCCGUGACGCAAUAUAUUUCGUGGAAAAAAAAAGAAUGAAAAAUUCAAAAUAUAAGAAAAGAACAUGGCACUGUGUUAACUGUUACUUUCUUAAUUCUUCCUUUGAGGAAGGCGGUUAAGAAAGGUAGGUAGGUUAUGUGUGUACAGCUGAGUGUGAAAUUUUGCAACGGUUCUGGGUGAAAAAAGGAAACCUUUAAAAUACACCUGUAGUUUAGAAUUUAGCUACAGAAAAAAAGAAUUAUAAGAAGUUAAAAAAGUGAAACAGGGGUGUAGCCUGCAACAAGAAAGCAGUAUAGGACAUCUGGCAGAGUUAUAACAGAGUUAUAACAGAUGCCCAGAAAAAAAAAUGGACAAAGACAGGACAACAAUAUGGCAGAGUUCGAGCAGAAAUGGCAGGAAGGGGGUGGGGGAAUUCAACUCAGAGGAUCUAAAGGCUGCUGAAGAUACACAAAGAGGUUGGAGGCAGUUAGAAAGGUAAAAGAUGGGCAUACAAGCUAUUAAAGAAUAUUUUAUAUCACAGUCAGAAACUUUUGGACUGAUAUUUUCUAUUCUUUUCCCAUCAUUAAUAUCGUAACAUACACUAUUUCACCAUUUCUGUGAUGAGGCAUGUGAUUUGUAGAACCCAACUCCCUAAAUAUCUUUGUCUUUUUAAUUUUCUUGUAGGGGGAUGCAAACAUUUGCAUUCUGUUGAAGGCAUACAGGCGCUGCGUUUCUGAUGAGAGUAGUCUCUGUCUUCUUAAAAUCCAGGAACUAACACAUCUGUCACAAUAAUGUUAUAAAGAUGAUCUAUAACAUGUGGAAGGCUGUGGUCAAAGUGUACGUGUGUAAUAAUAGUGACUAAAACUAACCGGUUUAGUUUGGCUGCAUGAUGAUGUGGACUUGCUUGGAUCAGGGCUCAGGGGAAUAUUAGCGUGGUGUCAGCACAACAGCUAAUACAGAUGAGGGCCCCUGUUUCUAACAGGCAUGACUGUUUUAACGGGAACUAAAAGGCAGUUCAUUGUCUUCUUAUGACUUGCGUAUGGUUGAAGUUGAUUUUGUAAAGUGUAAAUGUGAGUACUUAUUGGAUACUGGGAUGGUUCAAUGGUUUACAUGUAAUUUUGUUCUUAAGAUUUUUGCAUUUCCAUAGCUUUUAUAGAAGCCUGUAUGUUUUGAUCAUUUGUAAGAAUAGUACCAGCCAUACCGCUUUCUAAAUUACACCCAGCCACAGCAGUUGGGAUAUUUGCAUGGAUGAGCUCUCGAGUUAAACUUCACUUCCCUUUUAUUUGCAGCAGCUGCUCACAUUUGCACCGACUCCACCAGGCUGUGUUUAUAUCAGCUAACUGUGUUCUCUUCACCCACCAGGCUAAUCAAACAAACUCAUGUGUGUUGACUUGGAGAGCUCUGUUGGCAUGUUGGAUUUCAUCUUUGCCUCACAAAGCCCAUGACUCGUCUCAGACCUCAGGAAGCACUGCUUUUAAUCUGACGCAGAAGCAGUAGCAGGCCUGUGAUGAUUGGAGAAGUGAUUAGACAUUAGAAGCAUGCAGGGUCAAGCAGUUUGUAUGUGAUUAAUUGUGAAGUUUUAGGAAGUUUAGAGAUCUUUAGACCGAAAUCAAGGAAGAAGCUGAGGUGUAGAUGGGAAUGGAAAUGCAGUGUUUGUGUUUCUGCAUUUAGCAAUACCCGAAUGGACCAGGAUAAACAUGAUAGUUGUGCAAAAUCAAAAUCUGGGUCUACUACAGAUACUUUAGUGAAUAAAGAAAAUAUCAGCUUGUUCUUCGUACUCUGUGUUUAAAAUUAAUGCAGGAGUUUAAAUUCAGGUCUGGGUUCUGUUUAGUAGUCACUCUGUCAGCCACAGGUUUUUGAUUGGUCCAGAAGACUUAAAAUUUCAUGUAUAUAUGUAUAUAUAUGUGUGUGUGUGUGUGUGUGUGUGUGUGUACAAAAAGUAGCUUCAUUUCUCUCUGUCCUUUGCUUAAAAUUAAAAUUCCAGUUCUGUUCCAACAUAUUCCAAAAUUCGAACCUUGAAAACUCACCACAUUACAGUAAAUCUACAUUGUGUAAACCCAUGAUUCUCAAAGUUGGGUUUUAUCCAGCAGUUCUACGUUUUAUAAAACUUUGUUACAGUGGUGGAAAUUACAGCCUGACAUUAUCAAAGUUAUUAUAUUUAAUAACCGGUUUGACUUGUUACUUGAAUUGAUUCCAAACCUCAAUAACUCACAAACAAGUUGAUAAAUAAUAUAAAUAAUAACUCUCAGAAUAAAAAGCCAAAAUACACAGAUUUAAGACAUGUUUAAAUAAUUAGCCUAAUAUAUGAAUAGUUGGAUUAUGUUUGUAAAAUAAAUAUGCAUCUAGGGUUCUGUGGAAUUUUUUCUUUCAGUUAAGGAUUUUGAUUUAUCACCUCACAUGUUACACAAGGAAAAAAGUAUAAUAUAAGUACAAGUAUGAUAGAAUAAUUCUGGUAUAUAGUAGAGAAUAGUGGAGUUCUUAUAUCAUACUUGUAUAGCUCAGUCAAUAAAUAAAGGGCUGGUUGUGUGCAAAAGAAGUUUGAGUGGUUUAAACAUCACAGUUAGCAAUGCCAGGUUUCUCCUGUACCUUAUUGCCCUGUAGGUGUUCUAGUUUCAUAGAUCAUGACUUCACUUAGUUCUUAAUCUUUCGUAUGAUUAGUGCAUGACUCUUCCUCUAACCGCUAAUUUGUAAAAAAAAUUUGGCAUUCUUGUGAGGAGACAGUUUGCCAAUGUGUCAUUGAGAAUGGAUGCAGUUGUGCUGACUGACCAAAACAAAAGGCACAAGGGUGCCAUUGUGAAGAUCAGCAGUAGAUUACUGGAAUUCCUUUUUUUCUCUGCCUGAAUAGGCUUUCAGUGCUCCCCAUCUGGAUGCAGCCAAACAACUUGCACCUUAAUAUUUUAAUGCUAUUGUUGUUCUCAAGGAAUUUGGGGUUGUUAGGCAAUUACUGCCAUUAGUGCCAAUUCUGACACAGUGCCAUAAUAAGGCUUUUCAGAGUACUAGUAAGAUUACAUUUAUGAAGUUAGCUGUUUUGAGUUUGAGAAACCACACUGAGAGAGAGAGAGAGAGAGAGAGAGAGAGGGAGUAGGAAGGGAGUGACAUGUCAGAAACAGGGGUUCUCUGUUGGGUUGAGAAGCAUAUGAAUAACUUGCCGUGUGAUAAAAAGUUGGCUGUAGUUCCUCCAGUCUCAUAACACAAUGCCAACUGUAAUAUUGCCUCACCUAUUAUUCACUGACAAACAAAUCCCCAAUGUCUUUCGAGAGAAAUAAAGACACUACCCAGACUUUAAUAAUGUUUAUGCCCAACAUGAAGACAGAACCCCAUGUUUGAUAGCCAAAACAUUGAGCAAGGAGUCGUUGACUGUUUGUUGAGGUUGCAAACACAGUGUGAUACAUGAUCAUAUCUUCAUUUAUUUCCCUCAGUGUGUAGUAACGCACUAGCCAGCUAUCUCAUCAUACUAUCUGGCUUCCACUUUUUGGUCUGUUCAGUUUCUAAACAUGGGAGUGGGUAGCACAUUGGAGCCUUUACUUGCCCAAUGGGCUCGCUACUAUAUUUAUUUUUUUUGUCCACCUUUUUUCAUACCACCACAUUCCCAUAACAGUUGAUCAUGAUUCAGCAGUGCAUUCUGUCAGUCAUGCGCUAUAAGUUUUACCUGUUUCCUUUCACACAGUAAUCGAGUCAUGUGUGUUGACUGUUAUUCUCUUCCAGUCAUUUCAGAGGGGAUCUGGCACCACUGCUGAGCAUUGUGGACCACGUGUGUCCAACAUGUGGCUGCUAAUCCUGCUAUUAGGGUAAUCUGCUCAGGCUGCUGAUCAAUAGCUAACAUGCCCAGGCUCUAGCAGAGCCAAUGUAUCAGGAGAAAUUAGGACUGAGAGAAAGGGGAAAAAAAUGAUUUAAUCAUUUGUAUUAAGAGCAGUGGAGGGGAAAAGGGGGCUCCUUGAAGAUAUUAAUUUGCUGAGUUAAGAUGUCCGGGUUGGACAACAGCAGAUGUGUGCUGAAAUCAGGUUUUUACUGUUUUGUACAUAAUGGCUUAGACAUUGUGUACGUGUUCAUGGACAAUAGAUUAUACAGACGAUAAAAAUUUGUAUACAUGGUACUGCAGGACAGCAUGACAUGGACAAAAUUUAAUUUCUUAUUAAUGUUUUUUUUUCCCCUAAAAUAUAAAUAUCCAGAAACCAAACAAAAUGAAACAAAGGAAACAAAAGAAACAAACAAAAAACACACAAGGUUAAAAAUGACUUUAAACAAAGAUUUUUGCUGAGUCAGUAGUUUUUUUUUUCUUCCCAAAACAGAACAAAAACAAAAGAAAACAAAACCAUGAUGGUGAACCCUUGGUGUGACAUGUUUACAAGUCAAACUAUAUUACUUCAAAUGAAAUUUGCUGGAUGAUUGCGUUGAUUCAUCAAAACUGCAACAGAACACUCAUAAGAAUCACCUGAGAAAGGUCAAAAUGUUCACAACAUACAAUAAACCAUUGGGUAAACAGUUAGAAGACAUGCUUGCAUUAGAGAGCAAUUUAAAAAAAUAAAACAGAAACUGCAAAAAAAAAAAAAAAAAAAAAGGUCAAAAAUCAAAACUUUAAAAUCAAAUACCAAGUUUGUUUUCAUCUAUGUUCCUUGUUGUUUACGUGAAUUAUCUAUAAAGUAAUAAAUGGGCAAAUCACAAUUUUUUCUGUUUAAAAAGGUUAAUUUUUUAAAAUUAAUUCUUUUUUUUUUUACCAAGCUGAAAGGAUCAUUUCAGGCUCAAAUUUGUAUUGGUUAAAAUGUUGUUACAUCUAAAACUUACAUAGCCUAUUGCAGACAUCUGCAGAACUCAGCAUCAUAAACAACUAACAGUAUACACUAUAUGGCCAAAAGUAUGUGGACACCUGACCAUCAAACUCAUAUGUGCUUGUUGAACAUCCCAUCAUUCCAGAUUUAGUCCCUGUAAAGGAUUUCCACUAGAUUUUGGAGUGUGGUUGUGGGGAUUUGCCCAUUCAGCAACAAGAGCAUUAGUGAGGUCAGGCGCUGUUGUUGGGCGAUGAGGCCUGGAGUGCAGUGGGUGUUCCAAUUCAUCCCAAAGGUAUUCAGUAGGGUUGAGGUUAUGGUUAUGUGCAGAUCACUUGAAUUCUUCCAUACCAACCUUGGGAAACCAUGUCUUCAUGGACCUUGGUUUGUGCACAGGGGCAUAAUCAUGCUGGAACAGGUUUGGGCUAGGCCGUGUAGUUCCAGUGAAGGAAUGCUACAGCAUACAAACACAUUCUAGACAGUUCUGUGCUUCUAACUGUGUGGCAGUUUGGGGAAGGCCCACAUAUGGGUGUAAAGCUCACAUGGCCACAUACUUUUGGCCAUAUAGUGUACACUGAGUGGCCAAUUUAUUAAAUACAUUUACCUUGUACCUAUACUCAUUGGCCAUUUUUAUCAGGUUAGUUACUAAACUUUUAUACGCCUUGGUAUAGUUAUGCAAAUUUUAUCACACUCCCUCUACUCCAUCCAACAAGAGAGUGCAGGAGUUUUUGGUUAAAUAUCUGAAAUAAGAUCUGUGGUUAUCACAGGCUCAAGAUAUUUUCACGUUUUAUUCUAUGACAUAAAAUACAUCAGCAGUACCCCACUCGUGAUUUUUUAAGCUUUUCCAUGUCUUGAAAAAGGCAGUUGCUAACAACUGGCUAAAUGGGACUACAGAGGGACAUUAAAAGUCAUCGUGCUGAACAGGAAAACUCAUCUACUACACGUAUAAACGAACGGAAUUUUCUCCAAAAUAACGCAACAUGGACACAUUCCCAGAAAAGGUGGGGGGCAGAUUCAGACAAAAGAGAGCCCAGUGGAUCCUUAUCAGGGAACAUGUUUUUAAAAUAAAAAUAUUGCUUAUUUUCUGCAAUAAUCCAAAAGCCAAUGGAAAAAUCCUGUUGGCUUUUUGUCAGUGGAACCAGGGUGAUGCUAACUUCCGGGUUGGCCUACAAAAAUACGAGGUCCUUGCGACACUCUAUUGAAGGAGACCAGCUUAAGACCAUUGCUGAGCAGAUGUUAUUUAGGAGGUGGAUCUGACACUCACAUGCUAGAGUGUGUGGCACUGUCAUGAGUGUAUCAGGUACAGCAGUGUUGCUGAAGCUUUUUUUUUUAAACAUUAUAUACACUUUAUUAGACAUAGCUCCUUUGUUGGAACACCUACCCAUCAGAAUACUGAACACAUGGCUGCUUAUUCACUGAUGAGCACAGAAGACUUAAAAAAGUAUCAUCAAAUUGUACAUGAAUUACAGCUAAUGGGCCCCCAAUAAAUACAUUUUAACUCAUAAUUAAUUAUUAAAUUUAUUACAUUUACUCAGCGUUUAUAAAAGGCUACACGUAAAACAAGUGAAAUGAAAAAAGCUGACCAAGGACUUUCUCUCAAACAACAUUAAGAUAAGACUUGGACUUUCCAAAAUGCACUCUUACAGAUCUGAUGAUAUCAUUUUACCCUGUAAGUAGUGGGAUCCUGGCGUUGGUGUAGCGUUGGCGUGUCUUAUUCAUGAUAUUCAGUUUGGCUUUGUUUAUUGUAUUUAGUAACAUGAGGCAAGUCUGGGCAUGAUUAUGGUUUGUGCAUUGUCCAUAAUAUAAUAGCCUAGUACACAAAUCCUGUACCUGAUUAGAUUAGAUUAGAUUAGAUGCUUCUUAUUUACUUUUGCUGCUGCUGUGCAUGUGUUGAACUUUCAAUUCUGACUGGUCAGAACUGAACACAGCAGCUUUGACAAUAGUUCCAGCUGCAAGGCAAAUCACAGGUUUAUAUUAAUGCACUCCUUCUAAUAUGUUGUUUCUACUAACUUGCACAGGGACUUGUAUGGCAGACACUUAGCAUAAUCAGAUUAAGAAAGCGUGUAAUUGUUGAUAUGGUGAUAUACUUGUAUUCUGUAUUAAUGGAAGGAAUAUUCAGUGUAAGUGCUUUCUAACAGUCAGAGGUAAAACUGUAGAUUUUCUUCUAUGGAACGUCUUCAGGAUGGAGGGCUUUUUUCCAUAUUAAGUUCAAUAAAGAAGAGAAAAGGAGAUGUUGGUGAGGGAAUGACUGUUUAUCAGUUACGUAGUAGAGUUAUUACGUAAUUGAUAAACGGAACCAACUUGUUUUGUGGACGUUCCACAACGUUAAAUGCAACUGAAAAACGAAUAAAAAGUAUGAUGUGCCAUUUUUUAAUAAAUAGAAAAAGGGCAAAUUGCUGCUGUUUAAAAGAAAAAGCAGUUAUUCCACUAGUCUGUUAUGAGGAAGUAGCGGUCAAUACUAGGGAAGAGUAUGCAUAAAUGUGGCAUGAUUUGAAGUCAGUGUGCUAUUUAUAUUUAUAUUUAUUCAGUAUGUGGAAUGUGGUGUUGGGCACUUGCUCAGGAAGGUGACUGGUGGUGGUCUUGGCUCUGUCUGGCUGGCAGCAGAAAGAAAGAGAGGGUACCACAGCAGGUCACACAGCAAUGUGUGGACAUCUUCCUGUUCAGUGUUCCAAACGAAACAGUUUGCUGGUUGAAAUCACACUCAAGCCUUGAGGCUACGUAUAAAACACGCACAAACUUACCACACCUGCAAAAAAAAAAAGCAUUAAUGCUGUUAUUAACUGAAGAAUAUGUGUCUUUCAAAUAAGCAAAAUAGCACAUUUUGUCCAUUUUGUAUGUUUUCCUUAAUGAAUAUGAAAUUUAGUGCAAAAUGUACAUUGUGGUGACGAUGUAAAUAGACUCAUUUAGCAGCCCUAAUGUGAUUUACAGCCUUAAAUUUACUUCAGGAAUGACAGUUGUGUGUGCCAGAUAACCACUGCCUAGUCAUUUCCAUAAUGAUAAGUAAAUAAGUCAAAGAUACGGUAUUAUUUUAAUACAGUUACUCAUAAUCAUGUCUCUAUAUUUCAAAAUAGUUAAUGCUUCUUGAAAUUCUAGUUUAAUAUUACUGUGGUAAAGUUGGUUUCAGGAAAAUAUUCGCCACUGACAUCUUCGCACCUCCAAAUUCAACAGUGAGUCGACAAAAAGGUUUUCUUUUACCAUAUGAACAGAACACACUCAAGUGCACUUCUUUGUGUUAAUAUUGCAUUUUGAACAGAUUUCUACUCAUCUCGUGUCUUUAAUCAGUUAAUCAUGUGAUCGUCUUUUUAUUUUUAUCAUGUAAAUGCUGCUUUUUCAGUCUACUUUAUAAAUCACUCACAGCACACACAUUACCUACACACACAAUUGAUUAGGCUACAUAUUAACACUAAGUAUACUGUAAGUUUAUACAUGUUAAUAUUCAAACACUUCUAGAUGAUUACACUGGAGGUGCCAUGCAUUAUGCCAAGGGCCAGUUAUAAACCAUGUUAACUCUGAACUCAGAAUUAAAAGUGAUGUAUAAACAUUAAUAAUGUCCAAGUGAAAAUGAUUUAUGCUUUAAUUUUUACUUUUACUUUACUUCUACUUGGAGCUUUCUGUACUUAUAUUUUACUCUAUGUUGCUAUGGAUUAUUGCACAUCAAAGAUUUGCAUUUCUAAAAAAAAUUAUUAAGCCUAUAUCUAAGAGCUGCUGCUGUAAUCAUAAAGAUUGUCCUUGUCAUCUCAGGACUCUUCUUCACACAUUUAGUGUUGUUUUUCUUUACUCUUUUACACCUGUAUUCUAUAAUGAUUUAGAAUUCCACUGUUCGGUGUCACCUGGAAGAGGAUGGGUUCCCUUUGAGUCUCUCAAGGUUUCUUCCUCAGGUCUUAUCAGGGAGAUUUUCUUGCCACUUGCCACCUCUGGUUUUCUUGUUGGAGCUCUAAAUCUACAUCCAGAUUUCUGCAAACCUGCUUUGUGAGAAUGUCAAUUGGUAAAAUUGCUAUUACAAAUAAAAUUACAUUGACAACAUCACACUUUACUAAAAACGCUCUUUCCAUAAAACAUUUCUGACCACACACUGAACAUGCUUAGUGCUCUCGCUGUGUCGUGUUCAGCAAACUGAAGGACGUGGAUGUGCACUAAUUGGAGCCUGGGGAUGUCAAGGGCUCGCUCCUUUCAAUUAUUCAGUUUGGUUUGUCCAUGCAAGAAAAAAAAAAACAAAAAACAACAUGCUGAAAAAGAUGAUGAUUCAUUUCUUUAAUUUUGGCUCUAGGUCAAUUUAAGUAUACAUAUUAUACAUAUACAAAUACAAAUGGGUGUAUUUUAUUUUGAAAUGUUAUUCCAAAGAAGUGGAUCAGUUGAGAUUGCACUGGCCUAAACACAUUCCUAAAUCCUAAAAAAUGACCUGGAAUAUCAACAAAUCUGUGUGCUUUAACAUCUGGCCCUGUGAGAAAGCAUGCACAGUUUAUUAUUAGCACCAGCUCCAGGGAUUUCUCUUGGUAGUCAAAGGAAUAAAGUCACCAUUCAGAGCCAAAUCUUCCAUGUCAGCGAUGAUGGUUUGUGAAAUGUAGAAUCUCCCUCAAAUGCAAAUGUCUUAAAAGGUUUAUCAAGGAUUGUGAAAGAAAUCAGAUUGAACAUGUAAGAGCAAGAGCAGAAUUUGUAUCUAUUUAUGCCUUUAUCUAUAUCAACUUUAUCUUACAUUCAAUAUACUGCACAUUAUAGUGAAAGCGCUAUUUUUUUUAUUAACAUGCUGGACGUGGUGGAAUCAAAGCACAUGCUUGUUUGAGCUCAUGGGUUGAAUGUAAAGGGCUUUUUGUGUGUCUUUGACGUUAAUAGGAGCUCAAUUUCACCAUCACACUCAUUUCCAAUUCUCUGAAUUAAAUGCAUCUCUGUUCUGUUCAUGCUACUUUCUUAAAAUCUCCGGGAGACACAGUACAACUACUGUCCCGCUCCUACUAGUCAGUGCAUUCUAGCGUGUUUCAUCUCAUUUACUGUAUGUAAAAUGGUGUCCUUGGCCUGGAAAGGAGUAUGAGCAGCAUUAGUUCACUUCUUUGGCAGGCUGAGAUUAAACGGCAUAAUCCUACUGAUUUUGGCAGCAGACGUCCAGCUGGAGUAGCCUCAAAUCCCUCAGGGCCUGAAGUGCAGGAUCUCUUAAAGGAUCUCUUAGAUCCGGGAAAUGGAUGCUGUCUGUAUUUCUUUCAACAGCUCCUGCUCAGAAGUCUGAAUUUCUCUUUGUCAGUUCUUGAUCAUUCUGAUUUGUCCAUUAAUCGCUUUUAGUUUGCACAAUACGUUCAGUAGUUACUUGGCUCAUUUGCUAAUCAGUAGGUUUUAUUUGUGAGGCAUGACGUGGGGGAAAAUCCACAUGUGCUAAUGUUUCUGUUGAUUGCCUUCUUUCACAAACUCUCUAUAUCGCUCUGGGCUGCAGUUUUAAAUGGCCAACCUGUUUUUUUUAUCAUGUGCGGCUCUUGGCAAUGUCAAAGGAUUAGGUUUCAGUGCGCAAAGAAACUAGUAGUUAUGUAAGGAAUAAAAUUUGACACUGUUACAGAAAAAUAACCCACAAUGUGGUGGUGUGAUACGGCCCAAUGCGAAUAACCCUGAAGUGAAUUAUUUUUCUAUAAUAGCAUGACAUGAGCAUUAAUAUAAACCUGUGAUUUGAAUUACAGCUGGAACUACUGUCAGAGCUGCUGUUGUUGUUGUUUUUCUUCUUUCGGUUGCUCCCCUUAGAGGUCACCAUAAUGGAUCAUUGGUCUGCAUAUUUGAUUUGGCACAGUUUUUAUGCCGGAUACCCUUCCUGUCGCAACCCUUGCCAAUUUUGUCUGGGCUUGGGACCGGCACUGGGAUUGCACUGUCUUAUGCAACCCCAGGGAUCGGUUCCCUGGCCGGGAAUCGAACCCAGGCCAUGGCGGUGAGCGUGCCGUGGCCUAACCACUCGUCCUCCAGAGACCGUCUGCCAGUGCUGCUGUUAUGGAAAGUUAAUCAACACAUAUUUGCUUGAAUGGCUUGUUAUUCAGAAUUUUUGUAGUCAUUACAUUUAGUGAUGCACCAAAAUUUCAGCCACCAGACAACUUUUUGAGUAAAAAUGUUUUCCUCUACAGGUUUGCCAGAGCACCUGAAAGCACAGCAUCCUGGCUCAUAUGCAGAUUAUGUAUAACAGAUGUAGAUUUUUUUAUUUGUUUUAUUUAUUGUCAGAAUAACAAAAAAAAAACCACUUUGUUUUCAGUGCCCUGAGUGUCCUGAAUUUUGCAUUUACAUUUACAUCAUUUGGCAGACACCCUUUUCCAGAAUGACUUUGUAGGCUUUGUAGUCAGAAACACAUCCUCAUGCUAGUACAAAUAGGUCAGAGUUUGAGAAUUUGAUUGAGCUGAAAUCCUCUUAAAGAGGAAUAACAAAACUUGGUGAACUGGUAGGUUGUCAUUUGGAGAUAACCUUUUUGGUUUUGUCUUGCAUUCUGAUGCAUCAGCAGUUACAUUGAAUUAAAUUAGUAACAUCUAGCACUAUAGCACUGUGACUGUGAAUAGUGAUAUGAGAGGAUAAAGAUCUUGAUUUUGCAUUCCAAAUUUGCUCUAGAAUGAUCAGAGGCAUGCUUUUUACAUUUUACGCCUUGUAGUGAGAUGUUCAGUAAUGUGAUUGAACCACUGAUAUGAACCAUAGGCAAUGAUAGAGCUAACAGAAAAAAGGAAAGAGACUUAUAAGUGCCUCUUAUUAGCAGCGGAGCUUAGAAAUAGAGGACAGGCCUGUGGAACUCUGACAAUGCAUGAGUGCCUUUAUUAUUAAAACCAGAAGAGGGCUGAAUACAACUUAGAGUUGUGCUUUUAUGGGAAAAUAAUCAAUGACAGAGUGGUAUGAUGCACUCAGCGUGUAUAUUAAUCUGUUUAUUAUUAGAUUAGAUUAUGUACAGUGUACGUCUUAUAAACUCUUGUUAAUGAACUGUUACUAUAGAAGCUAAAGCAUAUUAUUAUUGUAUUAUUAUUGUAUUGACCACAUUAAUAUAUACAUGUGGUUUGAAUUACAGCUGGAACUACAGUCAGAGCUCCUGUUACAGAAAAUUAAUCAACACCUUCUGAACAAUCAGCUUUGAGAAUUCAACAACACUGUGGUAUAAGAGAAGAUUAUGCUUCUUGUUUAUGUAUAUAAAAAGUACAAACAAGAAGUGCUAAAGAUCUUUCUUUUUUUGUCACAUGGUAAUGAGGUUUUCCCUCACUCUCUCCACAUUUGGAUUUUCUAGUUCUCUGUAUGCAGUGACAAAACCUGUUGUGUCUUUGCUGUUGUAUGCAUGCUUAUAAAAACAAUGCCCACUCUUUUUGUGAAAGGCGUGUUAUGUAUACACAGCUUUAGAAACUGGUGUGUGUUUAGGUCUCCUUCUUCUGCCAGAUCAAAAUCCAGCCCUAUUGUUGCACUCGGCUGCUCACUUCAUAAACAGGAAGUCAAAACUCUAACUGAGAGCAGAGAUCUCUUAGUGAAAUUAGCGCACACGCACACACAUACACAAGACAGAUGGGUAAUGCAGUGAGAUGUAAUAGAAAGAUAGACCCUCUGAACAGGCCCGAAACAGGAACAGAGAGAGAGAGAGAGAGGAGGGGGAAGAGAUGGUUUUCAUGGUAUUAUAUUACAGUUUCUUACUAGGCUUACUAAAGAAAAAAAACUUAAAACCAUUCUUCCUGCAGACACAGCGAUGAUCUUUCCUGAGCCCAAACCCAAAAACUGGAAUGCGCUCCUUUUAUCUUUCCAUAUAUCACGUGGAUUUUAGGGGAAAUCCAAAUUCUCAGCAAUCACACACUUUCAAAACCUGCCUGAAUCAUUUCACCAGCCUGAAUAGAGGAAAUGGCAUCUUAUUAUGAUUGGGAGCAUUUGUAUCAUGUCUCUGUUUUCUCUCUAGCUAGCUGCAUUGUUCUGCUAUGAUAAACAGUAUUUGUUGUCCAAGAGACGCCACCGUGUGACUCGACAUUAAUAAAUAAACGGAGAGGGAAACAAUACAGACAGGGCCGUGAGAAUGGCAUCUGGCUGCUCUGCCUCCUUGAAUGUGAUCAUGUCUCUUGCCAAGGACUGAUAUUCUCACAAAGGACGGCAGUCUGGACUGAGGAAGUGUCUCCUGCAAGGUCACUCAGCCAUGAAGAUAGAUGGCAGGUUUGGUACAGUUCAUCUUAUCAAACCUUUAGGAGAAACUCUUUUCUGGAGUUUUGUACACAGUUACGGAUCAGUCUCAUCCACGCUGUAUUCCCGCCUCGCCACUAGUGUUCCCAGGAUGGGCUCUGGAUCCACCUUGAUUUUGCCCAGGAUAAAGAUCUGAAGUUGAAUGAAUGAGUCCCAGAAUGAAGCAGGCCUCCGAUUGGUAAAAAUGAUUCCUAGCAGAAGUUCCUCCAGCUGUAAUCAAGUGGAAAACAACGCAACUUUCAUAAAACACUCAGGAAUGAUACUUUCAGCAAAGAGAACUUCCAUUCAAGACGUAUGACCAAAACAAACACAGAUUUACUAGGACAUAACAAAUUGGACAGAAGGUAGCAGCAAAGCAGAAUACUCUAGGUUUGACAUGGAGGUUGAGCAGCAAGAGGUCACAGACAACUCCCUCUCCAAAACAUCUCAUAAUGAUCCAGAUGAGGAAAAGAAUCAAGUUCACAACUGUGACCUCUGUGGCAGGUCUUUUCUUUUCUUAAGCUCUCUGUCCCAGCACAUGAGGAAGCACACAGGAGAGAAGCCGUACAAGUGCCCCCAUUGCCAGCACCGCUCAGCCCAGAAAGGCAGCCUGAAAGCCCAUAUUCGCACCCACAAGAUAGAUGGUAUGAGUCAGAGCACUGGGGGUAAUGAGGAAGGGGUGCAAGAUGAAGGAGACAAGGAAGGAGGAGUACCCGAGGAGCAAGGUGGUUGUUCCAGCCCAACAGAAAGUACCUCUGCUUGCAAUAAAGUGGUCAGUGGCGAGGAGACCACUAAAACAAGAAAGAAAGGGGUUAAGAAAGAGAGGGCAAACAGUGAGGGAGGCAAGCAGUGCUCACUGUGUAGGAAGAGGCUCCGGAGUCAAGCUGAGCUGGAGCAGCAUAUGCAAGACUUUCAUGAUACCUCACAGGAAGAGCACUUGCAGGCAGAAACUAAAAACACACAUCCCACAGAAGAAAACUCCACUGUGGAGGAAGGACCCAACAUGGAGGAAGCAGAGAAAGAGAAUGAGCUUGGUAAAGGGGACUUUCCAUGUGAUCAGUGUGACCAAGUAUUCACUCAAGCCUGGUUCCUCAAAGCCCACAUGAAGAAGCAUCAAAACACUCGGGAUCAUGGCUGUCGUAUCUGCGGCCGGCGAUUCCGUGAGCCCUGGUUCUUGCGCAGCCACAUGAAGACGCACAGCACCAAAUCCAAGCCAAAGAGUGAUUCUGAACUUCCUGUGACUGUUAAUGAGGUGACACAGGUUGAAGCUUCCCUGGUAAACGAUGUAUGCUUAUAUGAACUAUGCGCCAAGUGUGGUAACUUCUUCCAUGACCGCAAGAGCCUGCGGCUCCAUGAGCAAGUUCACAAGAACACCGAUAAUUCUACUAACGGUAGUGAUGGUCUUUCAUCUCCUCUCACCAAGAGACGCUUCCUAGAGUGCCUGAACUUGAGAAUGGCGGGUGAGAUGGAGAAGCUCUCAGACGGAAGGCUUGGCAAGAGAAUCCCUGAGUUGGACCCCGUUAGCAGCUAUCAGGCCUGGCAGCUGGCCACCAGAGGCAGGGUAAUGGAGGUUUCUGAAAAAGGCCUGGGCUGGGAGGAGAGGUUAGCAGAUGCAGAUGUUGUCUAUGACAAGAAAAAGGGUGAAUAUGUACUACUGAGGCAAGAGAAACGAAAGAAACAAUUGGAUGCCACUCUAAGUAUUCCUAAUAAGAAGAAGCGUGGGACAGUGAUCCAAGGAUCAAGCAACACCAGCACCACCACUGAUCACCAGAGAUAUGGGGGCCAGACAUCGAUGGGGAGUGGAAGCGUGGAGAGUUUGAGCGACUCUGAAUAUCGUCCCUCUUCCCGCCAUAGCCGUAAAAAUUCCCAGAAUAAGACCUCUGAGUGCUCGGAGUGUGGAAAAGGAUUCCGAACUCAGCAACAGAUGGUGAUUCACAUGCUCAUAAGACAUGGCAGCAUGAGUGAAAGCAUAAAUGGGGUUUCUCUCCAAAAUCUCUUUCCUAAAACACAGCCCAGUCUUUCUAAACCUGUGGACUCUGCAGAGGACCAAAGUCAGAAAAUACACCCUGAAGGUACAGAUAAAAAGCCAUACACCUGCGACCACUGUGACUUCAGCACCGCUGACUCAGCUGCUAUGGUGUCCCACGUACACAUUCAGCAUGCAGUUGUCAGCAAUGAGGCCUUAACCAGCAUGAUCACCCAAAGCCACACUCCUUCCACCAGCCACAGUGGCUUCCCCAGACUGAGGAAUGCACUACUACAGCAGCCCUAUUGGCCCUACACCACCUCCACCCACCUGGAGAGGGCAGCACUAAGCAGCACAGCGCCUUUCUCCACGACCAGUGAUGAGAAUGGAGAUGAGAAGAGCAAAGGGCAUGGAGAGGCCAGUUCUGACAAAAUGGAUGUCAGUCUAUUGAAUCUCUCUGUGGAGGCUGAAAGUGACAAAACAGGAGCUCUAGACUCAGUACAAAAUGGUCUAGUGAGGCAUCAGUGCCCAUACUGUUCCCAUGCCACACUGUACCCUGAGGUUCUCUGGAUCCAUCAAAGAAUUGCACAUAAAAUCGACAGCACCACUCUGAUCCCUAAGUGGGCUCCUAAAAAUGGCAUUAAGGGACCCAAGUCGAUCCUUGAUUUCAAGAGGCGCACUGGACCACCUCCGUUUCUGGAAGGCAAGGACUGCCCUUCACUGCCUCAGACAAGAAUCCUCCGCACAAGUCCCCCUGAAAUAAGCCCCGAAGGGACCAAGGACAAGCCUCAAAGCAGCAGCGCUGAAUCCACUUACUCACAAAGCAAGGGUCAGCACGCUGGACGACUGUCACACUCCUCUAAGCAAAAUCCCAGGUCCCGAAUAGAUGAAGUCAAGAGCACUAAGAACAAAUCGGAUACCCACCAAUAUAUCACUUCAUCGACAAGUAGAGCAAGACCAAGUCCCCAAAAGACUGGAAGCCCAAAGACAGGAAGCAGACUAAUGGAAAGUAGCUUGCUGCCCCAAGAGGGACUCCGCUACAUGCUCACCAGCAAGCACAAUGCCUCAGAGCAGAGAAGUCCCAAACCUCAGACCUCCAGCCGAUCUGAACCUCCAGCCCAGGACACAGAGAGUUCUCCUGGAUAUGACCUCUGGAGUAGGCUCAGUCUAGGUGGAUCAUCCUCACACUCCCAAACUAAAAAGCAUCAGACAGGAGACAGUCCAGGAGCUCUUACUGACAUCUACAGUUACUUGAAGAAUUGCAGCCCUCAUGAUUUGGCAGCGCUUUAUCAUCACUGGGGCUUUAGUAACAUGAUGAUGGAGCAAGCAGGGAUGGCGAGGUCAGGGCAGAAAGAGGGCGAGUACGUCUGUCCAGUGUGCGGGAAGAGCUUUAGCCAACCCAGCCAUUACCGCACACACAUGAGAUCCCAUACAGGUGAGAGACCGUUCCAGUGUCAGUACUGUCCCUACAGUGCCUCGCAGAAAGGCAACCUGAAAACCCAUGUCCAGACUGUACAUCGGCUCACCUUUGACAAUGCCCAAUACCCUGACAGGAGGCUCCACCAUGCCCCAUCUGUUGACCACACACACCCUUCCAGUCCCGGAUCAUCCCACAGAGCGACCACUUCCUGAACAGGAAAACCUCAGCUACACGGGUUAAAGAGGAGAACAUUUCCAUCCAAAGAUCUGUUAUCUCCUCGGGGGUAAUGUGUUCAUAGACAUAACCAAGGAGGGCUGAUUUCAUUAAAAAACACUUAAGUGUAUAUACUGUAGUUGUUUGGUUGUCUUUAGUUUCAGGUUCUGUGCCAACUGUAAUUGGAAGCUGAUGUCAACAUUUUUGACAUGAGGAAUUCAAACUAAGUCACUUUGCAAACAAAACAGCAAUGUUUUUAAUAUACUCCCUUUUCCCUUCUUAACCUGAACUCAUUUCAUACUUGACCGAAACGUUGAACCUGAUGCAAAGUACUGUAGGUUUUUAUGCACUGUCCUAAACUAUCAUCGGUGGAUCCCUUACAAAUGCUGCUUCCUUACAAAUAAUGGCCAGGAUGAGGUUAAAAAUUGAAAUGGUAGCCUUAGUUUGUGUGCUUGUGAGUUUUUUAUCUUUUACUCCUCAGGACUUCAGUUAGAUACAAUUCCAAAGUCUGUAUUAUGAUUAUGAUUAUUAUUUUGUGUGUGCGUGUAGAUUAAUUGUGGUACUUCUAGAGAACCUGCAGGUUAUCUGUCUGGCAUUAUACACAAAGUAUGUUAUUAUGAUUUCAGAGACUAUGGGCUGUACAGUCUACAGUAUGUACACUCUUAAAAAGUUAGAAUGCUUAGGCAUUCUUCAGUUGUCCCGCUGGAAGAAUCCUUCAACAAAAUUCCAAGUCAAAACCUUUUGUGGAAGCUAAGAACUCUUAAUUAUCCAGUGAACCCUUAAAGAACCCUUCAACAACCAUGGUUUCUAAGAGUAUUCAAAGUGUGUUAGGCAUUCCAGGGUUCCAGGUUUGACCCUGAGCUGUGGUUACUGUCUGGAUUUUCACAUAUUCUCCCCAUUUCCCCAUUUUCCUCUUGGUGCUAUGGUUUCCUCCCACCUCCAAAAAUACAGAUUGGUUAUGCUAAAUUGCCCAUAGGCAUGAAUGAGUGUUUGGGUGUGUGUGCAUGGUGCACUGCAAUGGCCUGGAAUCCGAUCCAGGGUGUAUUCCACCACAUUGCAGCCAGUAUUCCUGGGAUAGACUCCAAAUCCACCGCAAACCUUACCAGGAUAAAGUGCUUGCUGAAGAUGUUUUGGUAUUUGGUGCAUUCUUAGAAAAAGGAUUCUUUAAGGCUUCACUGGAUAAUGAAGUUUUUUUUAGGCUCCUAAAAGGUUUGGACUUGGAACCCUUUCUGACAGAGAAACACUCUGCUGUAGUUCAAUAUUCUACACAGAACCUUUAAGGGUUCCACCAGAGAGAUAACCAGAAGAACACUUAAGGUUUCUACCAGUUUCAUAACAGCAGGAAUUUUAUCUUAGAAUUUCUUAAUUCAUGGAAGCCGGUGUCUUGUAAAAUCAGGGCCAGUUUUCUAGAAAGCAUUUAAAGUUAGUCUUAACAUUAUUGGGCCGAAUUUAUUAUUAUUUUUUUUCUUAGGUCAAAGGAAUGUGCAGAAAUGUCAUUUUUUGUGUGAAGUCACAAACAAAGUCAGGAAAUUAUGGAUUUUCUGUUUUGUUUGAUUUAAACUAGUUUGAGUUUUUAUUCUAUCAUUUGUCAUUUUUUUCUAGAAUUAUGCGAUUAAUUUUAUCUUAAAAUCUCAAAAAAAGUAGAAAAAAAAAACCAUCUGAUGUAAGCUGAUGGCACAUAAGGACUUAAAGCCAUGAUGGAUUUUUUUUUUUUCCAAUAUUCAAGUUAUUGCUGGAGGACUUAAUAUAAAUGUACAGAACUUCAAUUUCUCUGUUAUUAAUUACGUUUAAAUUAUUGCAUUAUAGAAACUAGCUUAAUUGCUCUGAUCAGAUCUAUAGAUCAAGAGGUAGCGUGUUUUAUAACGCCUUUAAAAAGCUUUAGAAUGCCAUAUUUUUAGAUGGUGAAUACUUAAAGCAAGGAAAUUCAUGGCCAUAUAUUUCUAUGAAUGUUGAAUAUAAUAUACAUAGGUAUUUACAUAUUUAGUAAUACACAGUUGUGCAAGUUUGAAUACAUUCAUAUAUUUACAGUAGUCAACAAUGAACAUUUAUCUUGAUAUUUCCUGAUUGCAAUGUAUAUGCUGAAUCUUAAUGAAGGAAUAUUCACUGAUCCCCCCCCCCCCAAAAAAAAAAAUUGCUAGCCUUAAGGCAGCCCCAUAAUGUUAUCCUGGUUACACUUCCAUUUAUGUUCAUUUGUCAGAUAGUUUUAUCUAAAGUGAUAGCUGCAUAUAAAAUUAAACUUAAAUUUCCCUACACACUGGUGAGCACUGAUAGUAUGUAUGCAUCAAGUUAAGUGAAGGGUGACAAAUUAAAGGAAAACCCAAUGUGUUUGUGUAAUGUGUGUUAAGGUAUUGGGCCUCCAUGAGCCACAAAAACAGCUUCAAUAUACAUUGUCAUAGAUGCUACAAGUCUCUGGAGCUGUACCGCAAAGAUGGACAUUUUUCUUUAAUCAGUGGUCAAGGAGAUAAACAUAUUAAUUGAGCACCAUUUUAUUUCCCUCAUACCUGCUGAAACAAAUGUACCAACUGUUUUUUACACAACAUUUUAUACUGGGAAUUAGCUGAUUAUCUUUGAAGCAUACAAACCUGACACGCCAGUUCAUAGUCUUCAGCUUGGUGCAGCUAGCUAACCAAUGAACAUAACUUUGUACAGAAAUAAAAAUAACUAAUUCUAAAAGAAUAGAUGAUACACAAAACUAAGCUAACAGUUUUCUUGGUCUUUUUUGAGCGUAUUCUAAGAGUAUAAGCAAUAUCUCCUAAUAAUCAUGUGCUCAGGGUUUGAAUCUAGCUGGAGCCAUUGUAGCCUUGAAAAUUAAAUUAGUUCAACUAAAAUUGAAGAAAAUAAACACAACAUAAUCUAGUUGUGUUAGUUUAACGAAAGAUCCAUGCAAAUUGUAACCUACGAUUUUUUAGACUGCAGUCAGUAUAACUUUGUAUUGAUUUGUAGGACACAAACCAUGCCAUAACAUAGUCUCCAGUUUUUCCUUUAAUUUGUCACCUGCCUCUAUGUGAGAUAUUGCUGAGUGGAACACAAUAAAUCAGUGAAUCCAAUUAUUAAAACAUUCAAGCAACAAAUUAUCCUAUGCUGAAUUAAAUUAUUUCUUUGCUGAGCUAAAACCUAGAUGCGUUAGAACAGAACGUAAUGAGUGAAAUAGCAUCGUUUGAACGAUUAAUUAAAACUUUUCAUUAACUGUAGCUUUUUUCCCUCUAUUUCUUUCUUACAUAACAUUAUUUUGUGCUUUUGAGUAGUAGUAGUAAUUCAAUGUAUGGAUUUUUGUGGUAUGAGUUUGUGUUUGCCAGAUUUAUUUCCAUAACUCAAUGAACUACACAAAACUGUCAGUUACAUGUUUGGAUCCAUUCCAUCACAUAUACACUGUCCAUUAUUUAAGUUUGAAGCCUCGCAAAAUAAAGUUUACCUCUAAUAUUUCA